AUGGAUCGAAACCAGCAGCAACAUGGCGGAUUGGGCCCCCGCCAUGACUCGGCUUCUAGAAUCCAAAAGCCCGAGUCGGCUGCCGACCGUAUGGCUGCUCUCAAAGCCCGUGUUGCAGCCGCCGUUGGUGGUGCGAAAGCUAAGGGUGGCCUCAAUACUCCCCUACACCCCGCUCUCGCCGACCUCAAUGCGCCGGUCAAGACGAGCGACUCCCUUAGAGCAUCCCUGGGUCAACGCUCGGCACCAGAUGCUGGCAAACCCGCCAGAGGGAAGCCGCUGGGUUUCUCGACAACACAGGAUGGCACCCGGACGAACCCAUAUCUCGAUACGAACAAUGUGCCAACAGGCAGGGCGAGGGAACCGAGACAGCUUGUCUUCAACCAGAAGGGCAAAUACAUCCAUCAAGCCAACGCGCUUCGAAGACAGGCUGCGCUCGAGGACAUGAAGAGGAGGAUUGCUGAGCAAGCUCGCAAAGCAGGGUUGGAAGAGGACCGGGCAGUUGAGAAGGCGUUUGUGGUUGACGCGCCCCCUGAGCUAGAGUGGUGGGAUGAGGGACUCAUUGACGGGAAAGACUACAGCAACAUCCCACAAUCUCUCAAAAUUACCACGCCGGAUAGUAUCGUCACGCUAUACAUUCAGCACCCCGUGGCGAUCGAGCCGCCGCAAGACAAGCUAGCGCCAGCGCCCAAGCCCAUGUAUCUGACACCCAAAGAACAGCAAAAGCUCCGGCGGCAGAGGCGCAUGAUGGAACUCAAGGAGAAGCAAGCCAAGAUCAGAUUAGGCCUUGAGCCAGCCCCGCCGCCGAAAGUCAAGAAAUCUAACUUGAUGCGCGUCCUCGGCGAAGAAGCAGUAAAGGAUCCGACGGCCGUCGAGGCGCGCGUCAACCGCGAAAUCGCCGCCCGCUUCGACAAGCACAUGCAGGCCAACGAGGAGCGCAAACUGAGCAAGGAGGAGAGGCACGAGAAGCUGGCUGCGAACCAGGCCAAAGACGCGGCCAAGGGUAUCCACGUGGUCGUGUUCAAGAUCGGCAGCCUCGCCAAUGGGCAACACCGCUACAAGAUCAACAUCAACGCUACGCAGAACGGCCUCAGCGGCGUGUGCAUCAUGCACCCCAAGUUCAGCCUCGUCAUCGUUGAGGGCGGCGAGCACAGCGUCAACAACUACAAGAAGCUCAUGCUCCGCCGCAUCGACUGGAGUGAGUCGCUGCCGUCACGUGAGAAAGACGCCGCCGCCGCCGUUGCGGCGGGAGGGGGGCAGGGCGCCGCGGUACGGGAGUGGCUCAAAGGGGAGGAUGAGAACGGCCAACUAAAGGACUUGUCGGCAAACAAGUGCGUGCUGGUUUUCGAGGGCGAAAGCAAGGCUCCCGCUUUCAAGAAGUGGGGUAGCAAGGUGUGCGAGACGGACGGAGAGGCGAGAGAGUUCCUCUCCCACAGGAAGAUGGACAACUUCUGGACCCAGGCCAAGAAUACCCCAAUGUGA